UAUACGGAUUGGAGACUGUUAACUCAACAUUGGUCGUACAGUCGAGAUGUAAAAGUCUGCGAACCCCCUCUGCUGUGGGAUGCAAUUGGAAAGGAAAUAACACACAGGGAGGAAGCCCAAGAAGGUCUAGAAGCACGCACAUACCACUUAUAGUUUUGUAGGGCUUUUCUGGUUUCCGAUCGCGACUCGCAUUGGCGAGUCUUUAGUUGUGGUGUGUCAUCACCCCCGUUCCCCUAACCGCCACCACCACCGAUCUCUCUCCCUCUAGCUGGCCGUGAGUUGCAAGAUUCCAGCCUUUUCGGCUUUGUCGGGAUGAAGAGGAGGCGGCUGUCGGCGGUGGCGGCGGAGGGGCAGCUGGGGCCAGCAGUGUUUGUGUUCUUGUCUAGUGAGCGAAGGCUGAUGAUGACGGAGGAGGAGGCUGGCAGCAGUAGGAGCUUUUGCACCAGCCGUUCUGUUUUUCGUUGUUAUUGAGUCGCAGCAGCAGGCCCCGCUUUGCUUUACCUUCACACUGAAGAUUGGUGUGUGUGUGCUUUGGUGUCUGUGCGGCCUCGGACACGGAUCAGCUGCGGUUUACUUGGUUUUUUUCCGUGCUCUUUAUGUUUCAAGACAUUUUUGUGAGUUUGGAUCGACAUGAAACUGUAAUUUAUAACGUUAUUUUGUACAUUUAUCCCCGCCUCCCUGUUCUGCAUUUCUGUCUUUCUUAUAAUUUAAUAAUAUUAUUGCGAAUAAAAAUGGCCGAGAAUGUGGUGGAUCCGGGCCCACCGCCAAAGCGGCCUAAACUAUCGUCUCCUGCCCUGUCGGUCUCCGCCAGCGACGGAACAGAUUUUGGGUCCUUAUUCGACCUGGAACAGGAUUUACCUGAUGAAUUGAUAAGUUCGACAGACUUUGGCCUGACAAAUGGAGGGGAUCUGAGCCAGAUUCAGACCAGUCUUGGAAUGGUGCAAGAUGCUGCUUCAAAGCACAAACAGUUGUCAGAGCUAUUACGAAGUGGAAGCUCUGCUAACCUAGGCAUGGGAGUUGGAGGUCCAGGCCAUGGGAUGGGCAGCCAGAAUCAACAAAACAAUCCUGGAGUACCUAUUUUAAACACUAUGGGAAAAGGCCCAUUGACUCAAGCAGGACUGACUUCUGGAAUGGGAAUGGGUCCAGGUGGCCCAAAUCAGGGCACACCAGUUCAAACUAUGAACAGUGCAUCUGGAACUGGAAUAAUGGCAGGGGUUGGUAAUCCUGUUAACCAGACUGCAGUCGGCUUAAACCCUGGUAUGAAUGCUGCCAUGAACCCUGGGCUAAUGAACACUGGUAGUGGGCAAGGGAUUUUGGCGGGACAAGUGAUGAACGGUUCUGUUGGUGCUGGCAGGGGGAGACCCAACAUAUCAUACCAAAACCAAGGAAUUACAAACACUGGUAAUCUACUUGCUGAGACAUUGCAGCAAACUUCAGCACAAAUGGGAGGUCAAGCAGGUCUUCGAGCGCCACAGCCAGGAACUGUGGGCAAGAUGGGAAUGAUGAGUAAUCCUAGUCCUUAUGGAUCACCAUUUACUCAGAAUUCUGGACAGCAAAUGGCAGCUGCUGGAAUUGGUCCUUCAUUACAGACUAAGGCUGGAUUAUCCAACAGUUUGCCACCUUUCUCGGUAGAUAAGAAGCCAAUUCCUGGUCCAGGAAUGCCGAACAUGGGCCAGCAACAGACUCCUCCUCAGAUACAGCAGGGUGGAAUAGUAUCUGCAUCAGCACAAGGUAUGGGUUCAGCACCACCUACUGCAGAUCCCGAGAAACGCAAACUCAUUCAGCAGCAACUUGUUCUACUACUGCAUGCUCACAAGUGUCAGCGAAGGGAGCAAGCCAAUGGUGAAGUCAAGCCAUGCAAUCUUCCACACUGUCGAACCAUGAAAAACGUUCUCAAUCACAUGACACACUGUCAAGCUGGCAAGUUAUGCCAAGUUGCACACUGUGCAUCCUCCCGACAAAUCAUCUCACAUUGGAAGAAUUGUACAAGACAGGACUGUCCUGUGUGCUUGCCCCUGAAGACUGCUGGUGAUAAGAGAAAUCAGACAUUAUUAGGUAGCUCAUUAGUAGGCAUUGGGAAUACUGGUUCAGUAGGUGUCGGACAGCAGAAUACGCCCAGUUUGAACCCCACCAACCAAAUCGACCCAAGUUCCAUUGAAAGAGCGUAUGCAGCACUUGGAUUGCCUUAUCAGGGAAACCAGAUGCAGACGCAAACUCAGACACAGGUUCAGAAUCAGCCAUCCAACCAGCCAUCCCAGGGAUUACGCUCGAUGAACCCCAUGGGUCCUGCAUCUAUGGGAGUAAAUGGAGGAGUAAGUGCUCCUGCCACAAGUCAGCAGCCCAGUUUAUUAACAGAUUCAAUGCUGCACUCUGCAAUGAGUUCGCCAAACGCAAUGUUGAGUGACAGCAGUGGUGUUGGAAAUCUUAGUGGCAUUCCCACUGCAACGCAGCCAUCAAGUACUGGAAUUCGGAAGGCAUGGCAUGAAGAUAUUACUCAGGAUCUCCGAAAUCAUCUGGUUCAUAAACUAGUUCAAGCCAUAUUCCCAACUCCUGAUCCUGCGGCACUAAAAGACAGGCGCAUGGAGAAUUUGGUAGCAUAUGCACGGAAAGUUGAAGGAGAUAUGUAUGAAUCUGCGAACAACAGGGCAGAAUAUUAUCAUCUUCUUGCUGAGAAAAUCUAUAAGAUCCAGAAAGAGCUGGAAGAAAAACGAAGAACCAGGUUGCUGAGGCAGAAUUUGAUGCCAAAUGCCCCAGGCAUGACUUCUACAGGCUUGACCCCCGGUCCUACUAUGAGCCAGUCUCAGUCAGUGAUGCUUUCAAAUGGACCUGUUCCUGACCCCAACAUGAUUCGACCAAAUGUGCCAAAUCAGAUGAACCGUAUGCCGACUCACUCUGGAAUGAACCAAUUUGCACAGAUGAACAUCCCGUUACCAUCGGUAGGACAUAGACAAGCUCCUCCUUUGCAACAUCCAGGACAGACAAAUCAGCCUGGGCCUGUGAAUCAGAUGAGCUUUCCAUCUCGUAUGCCACAGGUAAAUGUUGGACUACAUUCUGGGCAGAGUCAGUUCAUGUCUCCAAAUCAGUUCCCAGGAUCUUCUCCGGGAAUGAAUACCAACAGCAUGCAGAUGGGAACCCCUAACAACCAGCCUCAGUUGACGCAGCCUCAAAUGCCAAAUUCAACUCUUCCAGCAAACACUUCAACCACUUUAAGUUCAGGGUCUCAAGGGACCCAGAUGCACUGCCCAUCUCUCACUCAGCCUUCACUUCACCAGAAUUCACCGUCUCCAGUUCAGAGUCUAACACCAACUCCUCACCAUACACCACCAAAUAUAACUCCUCAGCAACCACAGGCACAAAUGGUAACAUCACCAGCAAUGUCAACGGGACCAUCGCAGGCUCAACCCAUACAGCAACCUCCAAGGCAGACUCCUACACCACCACAGACUCAGCUGCCUCCACAACUACAGCCUCAACUACCUGUCACCCCUACAUCAGAACAGCAGCAGCAGAAUUCCUCUCAGUCAAGUUUAACUUCUAUCCCAACACCAACAGCACCAUUGCAGUCACAGCACUUUGGUUCACCUCAUUCACAGCCAGUAGUAAGCACUGACGGCCCAAUCUCAAAUCCACCUUCAACAAGCAGUACAGAAGUGAACUCCCAACAGACUGCACCUGAUCCACCAUCACAGGAGGUAAAAGUAGAUAUCAAACAAGAAGAGGAUGAGCCUGAUAUGGAAUCAUCUGAACCCUUGGUAGUAAAAACAGAGGUACAAGAAGAACAGAUAGAAGAAUGUAAGCCAGAGCCCGAAACAGUGGAAGAAAAACAAUCCGAAUUGAAGCCCGAAACAAAUGAAAAGGAAGAAGAGGAAAAAGAAGGCACACCAGUUCCUCAGUCUUCACCAGCACAAGGACAGUCAAAGAAAAAAAUAUUUAAGCCAGAGGAGCUGCGUCAGGCACUUAUGCCGACAUUGGAAGCACUUUAUCGACAGGAUCCCGAAUCUCUUCCCUUCCGUCAGCCUGUGGACCCCUUACUACUGGGAAUUCCAGAUUAUUUUGACAUUGUAAAGAAUCCUAUGGACCUGUCCACAAUUAAGCGGAAACUGGACACAGGCCAGUAUCAGGAACCCUGGCAGUAUGUGGAAGACAUCUGGUUAAUGUUCAACAAUGCUUGGCUGUACAACCGGAAGACCUCUCGAGUUUACAAGUAUUGCUCCAAGCUAGCAGAAGUGUUUGAGCAGGAGAUUGACCCAGUAAUGCAGAGCUUGGGAUACUGCUGCGGAAGGAAGCUGGAAUUUUCUCCGCAGACUUUGUGCUGCUAUGGCAAACAGCUUUGCACUAUCCCUCGAGAUGCCACUUAUUAUAGUUACCAAAACAGUUCACCCAAGUAUGGCCUUCUUGCUGACAGGUAUCAUUUCUGUGAGAAGUGCUUCAACGAAAUCCAGGGAGAAAGCGUGUCCCUGGGAGACGAUCCAUCCCAGCCUCAAACGACAAUAAAUAAGGAGCAGUUUUCGAAACAGAAAAAUGAUACACUGGACCCUGAACUGUUUGUUGAAUGCAUAGAAUGUGGUCGAAAAAUGCAUCAGAUUUGUGUCCUUCAUAAUGAAACCAUAUGGCCCAGUGGCUUUACCUGUGAUGGCUGUUUAAAAAAAACUGGAAAAACCAGGAAGGAGAACAAAUUUUCUGCAAAAAAACUACCUUCAACAAGAUUGGGCACUUUCCUAGAGAACAGAGUGAAUGACUUUUUGAGAAGACAGAAUCAUCCUGAAUCAGGGGAGGUCAUCAUCCGUGUUGUUCAUGUUUCUGAUAAAACUGUAGAAGUAAAACCAGGAAUGAAAGCAAGGUUUGUAGAUAGUGGAGAAAUGGCAGAGUCUUUCCCAUAUCGAACAAAAGCCCUCUUUGCAUUUGAAGAUAUCGAUGGAGUGGAUGUGUGCUUCUUUGGCAUGCAUGUGCAGGAGUAUGGCUCAGACUGUCCACCACCCAACCAGAGGCGAGUGUACAUUUCCUACCUCGACAGUGUUCACUUUUUCCGCCCCAAAUGCCUCAGGACUGCAGUCUAUCAUGAAAUCCUUAUAGGUUACUUGGAAUAUGUGAAGAAAUUGGGAUUUACAACUGGGCAUAUUUGGGCCUGCCCACCCAGUGAAGGAGAUGAUUACAUCUUCCAUUGUCAUCCUGUGGAUCAAAAAAUCCCCAAGCCCAAACGACUGCAGGAGUGGUACAAAAAGAUGCUUGACAAGUCUGUUGCUGAGCGUGUUAUCCAUGACUACAAGGAUAUCUUCAAACAAGCAACAGAAGAUCGUCUGACAAGCGCUAAGGAACUUCCAUAUUUUGAAGGAGAUUUCUGGCCUAAUGUCUUGGAGGAAAGCAUUAAAGAACUGGAACAGGAAGAGGAAGAAAGAAAGAGGGAGGAAAACACAGGAAGCGAGACCACUGAUACAAUUAAAGGGGAUAGCAAAAAUGCAAAGAAGAAGAACAAUAAGAAAACUAGCAAAAACAAGAGUAGCUUAAGUCGAGGAAAUAAAAAGAAGCCUGGAAUGCCGAGUGUAUCAAAUGACCUUUCCCAGAAGCUAUAUGCUACCAUGGAAAAGCACAAGGAGGUAUUCUUUGUCAUUCGGCUUAUAGCUGGCCCUGCUGCAAAUUCUCUACCCCCUAUAGUAGAUCCUGAUCCUCUCAUGACAUGUGACCUGAUGGAUGGUCGGGAUGCUUUCCUAACGCUAGCAAGAGAAAAGCACCUUGAAUUCUCAUCCCUUAGGAGAGCCAUGUGGUCAACUAUGUGCAUGCUUGUAGAACUGCAUACUCAGAGUCCAGACAGAUUUGUAUAUACAUGUAAUGAAUGCAAGCAUCAUGUGGAAACAAGAUACCAUUGUACUGUCUGUGAGGAUUAUGACCUAUGUAUUACUUGCUAUAACACUAAGAGCCAUGAGCACAAGAUGGAGAAAUUAGGCCUUGGUCUUGAUGAUGAGAGCAGUAACCAACAAGCUGCCACAACUCAGAGUCCAGGAGAUUCCCGUCGUCUCAGCAUCCAGCGUUGCAUCCAGUCUCUUGUUCAUGCAUGUCAGUGUCGCAAUGCAAACUGUGCAUUGCCAUCCUGCCAGAAGAUGAAGAGAGUUGUGCAGCACACAAAAGGUUGCAAACGAAAAACCAAUGGUGGGUGCCCUAUCUGCAAACAGCUUAUUGCAUUAUGCUGCUAUCAUGCAAAACACUGCCAGGAGAACAAGUGUCCAGUACCUUUUUGCCUCAACAUCAAGCACAAACUGCGUCAGCAGCAACUGCAACACCGUCUGCAUCAAGCUCAAAUGUUACGGAGAAGGAUGGCAAGUAUGCAGAGGACUGGAGUAGUUGGACAGCAACAAGGUUUGCCUUCUCCAACAGCACCAACAACACCGACGGGUCCUCAGCCUUCAACACCUCAGACUCCACAGCCACAACCACAGCCUCCUCCUCCUCCUCCUUCGCAAUCACAGCCUCCUCCUCCCAGUACUAUGCCUUCUUACAGUAUAUCAAGAACUCAGUCUUCAAGCUCCUUAUCAGGUAAGCAAGGAGGAGCACCUCCUACCCCUCCUCAGACAUCACAGGCACCAGUGCAAGGGCCUCCACCAGCAGCUGUAGAGAUGGCCAUGCAGAUUCAGCGAGCAGCAGAGACACAGCGUCAGAUGGCACAAAUCUACCAGAGGCCAAUAAUAAACCAACACCAAAUGAAUCAAUUGUCUGCAGUAAGUAUCAAUCCACCGCAGCCAGCAAGGGGCGGACAUAUCGACCAAGGAAUGGCAACGGCUGGAAUGCAGCAGCAGCCGCAGUGGACGCAAGCAACCAUGCCUCAGCCUCAACAGCUGCAGGCGGGAAUGCAGAGACCAUCUGUAAUGCAAGUUCAGCAGCAAGGACAGCAGGUGACUGUGCAGCCUCAACCAGGCAUUGGUUCAGGAGCACCUCCUCUAAAUCGUGGUGCUCCUCCUCAUACAGCUUUGCAAGACUUACUGCAGACUCUUCGGUCUCCAAGCUCCCCUAUGCAACAACAACAGGUGCUUAGCAUUCUUCGUUCCAACCCACAGUUGAUGGCAGCCUUCAUCAAACAGCGAGCUGCUAGGUACCAAGGUGGACAAGGUCAAGGCAGUAUUCCAGUGCAGUCAGGAAUGCCUCAACAGCAACCAGGGCUUCAGCCACAGGCUGGAAUGCAGGGACAGCAAGUAAUGCAUCCGAACCAAAUGCUGCAAAAUAUGAACCAAAUGGGAACGGUACAAAGGCCUAACAUGCAACAGCAGCCACCCCAGCAACAACUUCAGCAGGGCAUGGGAGGAUUAAAUACUCAAGGGCAGCAAAUGAGUAUAAACCUUGGGUCGCAGUACAGAGAGAUGUUGAUUCGGAGACAACAGCUUAUGCAGCAGCAACAACAACAUCAACAAGGGGGUGGCCCUGGGCUGAAUGCUGCAUUGGCCAAUCAUAAUCAGUUUCAGCAACCACAGGGAGGAGGAUACCAGCAACAGCAGCAGAGAAUACAGCACCACAUGCAAAUGCAGCAAGGGGGUAUGGGACAAAUGGGCCAGACAGUAGGGCAGAUGAACCCUUUACCACAGCCCAUGGGUGGGGAAGCAGCUGGUUUGCAAGCUAUACAACAAAGGUUACUUCAACAGCAGAUGAGUUCUCCAGCACAGCCCAAUCCCAUGAGCCCCCAGCAGCAAAUGCUUCCCAACCAAGCUCAGUCACCACACUUACAGAAUCAGCAGAUCAUUAGCAACCAGGUGCGAUCUCCACAACCUGUCCCUUCCCCACGGCCGCAGUCACAACCUCCCCAUUCCAGUCCUUCUCCUCGGAUGCAGCCUCAGCCAUCACCGCACCACGUCUCUCCACAGACCAAUUCUCCACAUCCCGGACUAGUAGCUGCCCAGGCUAACCCCUUGGAUCAAGGACAUUUUGCUACCCCGGACCAGAGUGCAAUGCUUUCUCAGCUCGCUAGUAACCCCAGCAUGGCUGGACUCCACAGUGCAAAUGCCACAGAGCUUGGCCUUGUUUCUGACAACCAGGACAUGAGUGCAAACCUUCCUCAGAGUACACUAGACAUGUUGUAGCAUUUUGGGAGCAAAACUUAUUUUCACUUAAUGAAACUUUAAUAUAUAGGGGGUUUUGUACUGAAGACAAUUUUUUGAAUUGUUCCAGGGAACGCACUGUUUUCUGAGAACACAACAAAUCUGCAAUUUAUUGAAAAAUACUGAGGGAUGAAUAUACAAAGAAUAUAUUUUUGUUAUGGCUGGAAUGUACCAGUCCUUUUUGUUUUGUUUUUUUGUUUUUUUUUUUUUCUCUUCGUUCUUUUUUUUUUCCUCUCUUGUGGGUAUCCUCUUCAUUUCUGACAAACCCACACCUUGGCAAUUUUUUUUUUAAAUUAAUGAAAAAUGUUUGUGUAAUAUUGAUAGUUUUAUUUACUGUGUCUGAAAGCUUGUAGGAAUUAUUUUUUCCAUUUUACAGAAAAGGAAACCUUUCUUAAGAGAGAGGACAAGAGGCAUUCUUAAAAAAACAUAAUUUGUUUCUUUACUUGGGACUGAAUAAAUUCAUUGGCCUCAUCUUCCUCUUGUUCUAACCUUUUGUCCUCUGGUAUUUUCUACACAAGGGUCUUUACAGAGACUGCAAGUAUUAAUUUGUACAUGUAGAAACAAUUUGCAAAUGCGCAAUGGCAGCUGCCAAAUGGAUGUAGUAUAUAUAUUGUGGUUUCUGUUUCUUGAAAGACUUUGUUAUUUUUUCAUCUAACAAAAAUAGGAGGGUGUAAAGAACUGUACAAAAACAGAUGAUUUUAACAUAAAUCGUCCUUUUGGUUUCAUCCUUCUGCCCCGGUCUCCUGUGUAAAACUUGAAGAACUAAAUGGCAAGCAAAAAACCUUCACAUGUAAGUCAUGCAGUUUGAUUACUUAUAAAUAUGAACUUUGGAUCGUUGUAUAGACUGUUGCAAUUGAUUUUCUUUCUUAUUACCUAUUGUUAAAUAAACUGUGUGAGACAGAGA